AUGUCUUCGUCCACUGCUCUUCUCCCCAAGGCCAAGAAGGAUGACCACCCCAUCUUUCUCCGCGUCUGUCACUCGCCAUGGACCGUCAUCGGCCAGAAGGCGCUCGUCGGUCUGCGUGCUUUGAUUGCCGUAUACCUGCUGGUCAGCUUCAUCGUGCUUAUCGACUACGAAGUCAAGCACACCGAAGACGGCUACCUCGCUUACUUCAGGUUCUCCAACGUCUCAUACAUGAUCCAGCUCCUCUACCACUGGAUUGCCUUUGUCUGGACCUUCAUGCACCUCCACUACCCUCACCACAGCUCCUCGACCUCAUCCAACGCCACCGCUAUUCAGAAGGCCUUCUCUCCACCCAAGCAGAACCCGGACACCAAUAACCGCACCUGGUUCAGCAUCUUCUAUACUCUUGCCCAGACCUGGCCUCUCGUCUCGGCCUUCCUUCACUGGGCUAUCUUAGCUCCUAAGGGAAAGACCACCAUCCCAGCGAACGAUACCUUCGGCCACGGCUCCUCCACCACCUUCUACGUCAUUGACAAGUAUGCUGUUUCCGCCAUUAUUGCUUUGAUUGAAAUCAUAUUUCUCAGCAGCAUCAGACGCCAGGUGCCCAUCGCUACCCAUGUCGGCGGGCUCUCCUUCCUCACCGCACUCUUCAUCGGCUGGGUCUACAUCGGAUACACUCUCACGGGCAAGUGUGCUCUGUUCUUCUUGGACAACAAGCAGAUGAAGUGGGAGCACGUCAUUGAGGGCUGGGUCGGAUUGAUUGUUGUGACUAACAUCUUCUUCUCCUUCGUCUACUUCAUCACUGGCGCUCGCGAGAGCCUAACCCGCAAGGGAGAGAACAAGAAUACCGGCUACCAAUCUCUUCCACAGUAG